AAUCUUUAUUAUUUCGUAGCGUGGGACUCCAUAAGGUUCAAGUAUAUAGCAAACCCAACAGUCAUGGAGAAAAUGCUGUUUGCUGUGUUUUUCUGGAUCUGUACAGGCUUGGCGCUUUCUCUGGAAGAUUUUCCUAAAUGGGGUACACAGAAUGACAACAAAUUUGGAGAAAUUUUAUCAAGAGUAUCCAACGAACUGUUCAAGAAGGAACUCGCCAAAAGCGCCGGAAUUUUGGGAGAACCUCGUUCAAACACAGAUGACUUGAUCUUGCUUCUCGGUACUAUGGUCGAACAAAAGCCUAUGACUUUUUGUCGAAUUUUGUGGAAUACCGGCGACGAUGAUAGCUUGGAUGAAUGUGUUGCGUUCCUCAUGCAGAUUAGAAAUCAAAUGUUGGUGAACAAAGAGCAAAAAAGACAAGGUACUUACAGAUUUAACUCGAGUGGCUGGAAACGUAAAAAGCGCGAUACUUCAAACAAAUUGUCCAGAGAGGAAAUUAUGAAAAUAAUCCAACAAAUUCUGAAGGUUAAGAAAAGGCGAAAAUUCCAGGCUAGUGGAUGGUGAUUCGAUGGAAAAACUGAAAUAUUGCUUUUGAUGAUUUUCUUUGACAAUGAGUCUACAUUUUGAAUUGUAAAUGUUGAUUUACAAAUAAAUGAUGGAACUGGGACCGAUGUGAAAUGGAUUAAUGAAAGGCGAUAUGUUUGGAUAAAUAUGGACAUUUUCACCGACCAAAAUCAGGCUUUCAUAUUUUGUAGAAUAAAUGCUAGUUUUCUUAACUUUGCAAAGAUAUUAUUUCUUGUGAAUAAUUUCUAUUUUGAUUGACCAAAUGUGUUUAAGACUAGAAAUAAACUGAUAUCUGUCUUUUCUGUAAAAUUUACGCACCAAAUAUUUUUGUAGUAGAAUUCUAUUUUUUUUUAAAUGAU